GGCGCCAGGGCGGCCGCGGAGAAACGUGACACACCAGCCCGCUCGGAGGGGUUUCGGACAGAAGGGAAGGAGCAGCGCCGAGUCGUCCGCCUCCCAGCGCGCCGCGGGCACUUCUCCCGGGCCUCGCCGAACUCUCCCGCGACCUCUGCGCGCCCUCAGGCCGCCCUCGCCGCCGCGGGCUCCGGACAACUUCAGGGGUGGGGUGCGAAGAAAGUUUGCGGCUGCUGCCGCCGGCCUCCCGCCUCUCGGCCUAGGAGGCUCGCCGCCCGCGCCCGCCCGCUCGGCCUUGCCAGGGACCGCGUCCCGCCCCGAGACCGCCACCAUGAACAAGCUGUACAUCGGCAACCUCAACGAGAGCGUGACCCCCGCGGACUUGGAGAAAGUGUUUGCGGAGCACAAGAUCUCCUACAGCGGCCAGUUCUUGGUCAAGUCCGGCUAUGCCUUCGUGGACUGCCCCGACGAGCACUGGGCGAUGAAGGCCAUCGAAACUUUCUCCGGGAAAGUCGAAUUGCAAGGAAAACGCCUAGAGAUUGAACACUCGGUCCCCAAAAAACAAAGGAGUCGGAAAAUCCAGAUUCGAAAUAUCCCACCCCAGCUUCGUUGGGAAGUGCUGGAUAGCCUGCUGGCCCAAUAUGGUACAGUGGAGAAUUGCGAGCAAGUGAACACCGAGAGUGAGACGGCAGUGGUGAAUGUCACCUAUUCCAACCGGGAACAGACCAGGCAAGCCAUCAUGAAGCUGAAUGGCCACCAGCUGGAGAACCACGCCUUAAAGGUCUCCUACAUUCCCGACGAGCAGAUAGCACAGGGUCCUGAGAACGGGCGCCGAGGAGGCUUUGGCUCUCGGGGUCAGCCCCGCCAGGGCUCCCCUGUGGCGGCGGGGGCCCCGGCCAAGCAGCAGCAAGUGGACAUACCCCUGCGGCUCCUGGUGCCCACCCAGUAUGUGGGUGCCAUCAUUGGCAAGGAGGGGGCCACCAUCCGAAACAUCACGAAACAGACCCAGUCCAAGAUCGAUGUGCACAGGAAAGAGAACGCAGGCGCUGCGGAGAAGGCCAUCAGUGUCCACUCAACCCCCGAGGGCUGCUCCUCUGCGUGUAAGAUGAUCUUGGAGAUUAUGCAUAAGGAAGCGAAGGACACCAAAACGGCCGACGAGGUUCCCCUGAAGAUCCUGGCCCAUAAUAACUUUGUGGGACGGCUUAUUGGCAAGGAAGGGCGCAACCUGAAGAAAGUGGAGCAGGACACCGAGACGAAAAUCACCAUCUCUUCGCUGCAGGACCUCACCCUCUACAACCCCGAGAGGACCAUCACCGUGAAGGGGGCCAUUGAGAACUGCUGCAGGGCCGAGCAGGAGAUCAUGAAGAAAGUUCGGGAGGCCUACGAGAACGAUGUGGCUGCCAUGAGUCUGCAGUCGCACCUCAUCCCCGGCCUGAACUUGGCGGCUGUGGGUCUUUUUCCAGCCUCGUCCAGUGCGGUCCCGCCACCGCCUAGCAGCGUCACUGGAGCGGCUCCGUACAGCUCCUUUAUGCAGGCUCCGGAGCAGGAAAUGGUGCAGGUGUUCAUUCCCGCGCAGGCCGUGGGCGCCAUCAUCGGGAAGAAGGGACAGCACAUCAAACAGCUCUCCCGCUUCGCCAGCGCCUCCAUCAAGAUUGCUCCUCCCGAAACUCCUGACUCCAAAGUUCGUAUGGUCAUCAUCACUGGACCCCCGGAGGCCCAAUUCAAGGCUCAGGGAAGAAUUUAUGGAAAACUCAAGGAGGAGAACUUCUUUGGUCCCAAGGAGGAAGUAAAGCUGGAGACCCAUAUCCGGGUGCCAGCGUCAGCUGCCGGCAGGGUUAUUGGCAAAGGUGGCAAAACGGUGAACGAGUUGCAGAAUUUGACAGCAGCCGAGGUGGUGGUGCCCAGAGACCAGACCCCAGAUGAGAACGACCAGGUCAUUGUCAAGAUCAUCGGGCAUUUCUAUGCCAGCCAGAUGGCCCAGCGGAAGAUACGAGACAUCCUGGCCCAAGUGAAACAGCUGCACCAAAAGGGACAGAGUAACCAGGCCCAGGCACGGAGGAAGUGACCAGCCCCUUCCCUUCGCGGCAACUCAAGGACAACGGGCUGAAGUCGAGAGCGCGUUCUCCCCAGCAGGCCUGAGAAUGAGUGGGAAUCAGGGACCCUUUGGGCCGGGAUGGAGACCAGGUUUGCCCGCUUGGCUUGAGGAAAGACGUUCCAGUGAGGAACCCUGAUCCCUCGGCCCCACACGCCCAACCAAUUGGCCCGACACUGCCCGCCCCUCAGGGUGUCACCGUGGAAAUUCUAGCUCAGGGUGCUUUUAAACGUGGAUUGUUGAAGUAAGUUCUCCAGGUCCCACCAAGAGAGUGGGUCAGGCCCCAGUGGGAAGAGAAAUAAAAUUUCCUUCAGGUUUUUAAAUCAUGCAGAGGGGUGUUUUAAUCAGCCUCAAAGGAUGGUUUGCUUCUCAACCCGAAAAUCCUUCCAGCCUUCUCCUACUUGGUUCGUUGAUUAAAAUACCUCUACUCUCGUGCCCUGACAUAACCUCUUCCUAUAUAGCCUCUUCCUGAAGUCACGCUAAUUGCUUUAUCUGUACUGCUACCAGAAAAGGUGGGAACCAAUGCAUUGUUUUGCUUACGUUGUUGACUCAGAGGAGAAGACACACCAGCAUCCUAUAGUUUAAGCCCACUCCUUCCCUAACCGACCAGUAGGAACAGCAAGGAAUAAAGAAUGGGGGAGAGAUGUGAUUAAACUAUAUAGUAAUCCACGUUUAAAAGGAGUGCCCUUAUGGCCGAUCUAGUCCAGAUCGCCAUCUUGAAAAAUUGGCGCGAUGAACAUGUUCUCCACUCUGUCGGGACUUCCCCACCGAGAUUCCCUGCCCCAUUCACGUCCUUCUCCCCAUCUAGGUGCACAUGGGCGGUAGUGAAUGCUCGGCAGGGUAGGGGCUGACCACUGUACUGUCCCUGAUUCCCACCAUUCUCAGGCAGAUUUUAUAUUUUUUUAAAGUCUAUUUUAAUGAUUGGAUAUGAGCACUGGGAAGGGGACGUAACUCCCCUUGAUAAAGUCUCAGUUCCAUGGAGGACUUGAGUGGCCCCAAAGGCUGCCACUGUGCCCUCACUCCAGCCCGUGUGCUCCUAUAAGGGCUGGUUCCCAGAGGCAGGGGUUGCGGGGCACUCCCCCGCCACGGCACUGUUCCCUUGGUGGAGGUGGGAUGUGGAACCCAACCCCGAGCUCCCGGUAAAGCUGAAGUCCACCAUCUGGCGUACGUUACGAAUAUUCAGUAAAUGGGAGAGUAUUUGCUUCUGUCGUUAUCCCAGAGGCAUAUUUAACCGAUGGCUUCUGCCUCCGUGAAUCAUCGGCAUGACAAAAGUUGUGCCUAAAAAACAAAGUUCAAAAUACCAGCAACCUUAUGCACAAAGGGGUAAAUAAGCUUAAUUUAUUAAUUUAGCAGGCUCAGUAAGAUCCCGUUGGAAGUUCAGCCCUUGUGGAAGACAGCAGCCAUCAGUUGAAUGAGGUUGGGCCUCCCCUCCUGAUAUACUGAUUGUCAACGCAUAUCAGCCAGGUGGUGCACUUUAGUUAGCUACCUUGGACAAUGCUAUCAAGUGUGCUGGGAAGGGAGGAAGGCCUCUCUGCAUGUGGAAAAGCCCAUGCGUGGAGUCCCCUCCUUCCGACACUGCAACAACAACAGUAGUAACAACGAGACAACCAUGACACGUGGGCGGAGUCAGUCAGGUAAUGCUGUGCGCGAAGUAAACUACCUCAAGGUAUGAAGUUACCUCAGCAAUUACUUUCCUUUUUGUUCCCCCCACCUUUUUUUAACCUUUUUUUUUUCUUUGCGGCUUGCUGAUAUUUUAUAUAAAAAAAAAGAAAAGCAAAGCAAAAGAGAAGCUGAUAGUCUUGAAUAUUUUAUUUUUUUAAUGAAAAGAAAAAAAAAACGAGAAAGUUAUGUUUCAUAAUUUCUUACAACAUGAGCCAGUGUAAGCCUUUAGGAUCUCUCUAUGGAGAACAGGCCCUAUGGGAAGGGCAGCAGGGGCUGGCUCUUUGGGAGGAGGCUGGGGCUCAGCGGCCCAAGGUGGAGAGAGCCCGGGGUGAGGCCCUGAUCUCUGACCCCCAGAUUCCUAAGCCACUGGCCUCUCCUGGGAAAUCCCGCCUGCUGGGGAUUCAGAGACCUAGCAGAGCUGUGGGCCUCCAGCGGCCAAACGGCCGGCCCCAGCCACCUGCUCAUGGCGUCUCCUCUCUCCCUUUUUGGUUAAAGGGCAUCCCAGCCAGUUCUCCCCACCAGUGGUGCUGUUGAGAUAUUUUUAAAUAAUUGCCUCCGUUUUAUCGAGGAGUGAAAUAAUAUCUAAAAAGUAUACCCACUUAAAAAAAAACAAAAACAAAAACCCCUCUAUUUCUCUUUCUAGAAGUAUGGGAGCCAAGAUUCCGUUGGUGGAAGAGACACAGCUGCUCUCUUACCCUCAGAGAGGUCCACCUGGUUUGUCAUUGCAGUCUUUGCUUUUUUUUGGUGGUGUUUUCAUUUCAGUCCCAUCUGGCUGUUCCCUUGGGUCUGCGUCAACAGACCCAAGGAGCAGACAGACGCUCAGAUGAUUGCCCCUUCGUCUCCUGUCAUCUUUAGAUUGAUCUGAUUGGUUCUAACAGUGGACCCAAACCUAAAGGAAUUCUUGAUUUAGGGUGGUGGGUGCAAGAAGCAGUGGGGGGGGGGGGGGUAUGGGAAUGUGACUGGGGACAGGUUCCUGCCUCGCUCGUGUCUUAUCCUUGCGUCCCCAUGACAUUCCUUUACAACCUCCAGAGCUGUCUACCCCAAAGAGAGGAAGAAGCAGGAGAGCAUUUAGGGGCGAUAUCAGGCCUAUGUAAUUGAGCUUCCCACCUGCCCUAACCACAAAAAAAAGGGUCUCCCAACUUCCAUCUCUGGCUCUGUAUGCUUUAGCCCAAAAUGAAGCAGAUAACGUUCAGACAUCGGCCAUUUGGUGAUUUAAGGCGAAUUUCCAGCAGCAAGCAUGCUUUAAUAUCCGGUUCAAACUACCAGCAGAAAAACAAAAAACAAAAACCAACAAACAAAAAAACCACCCACAGUACCUGAAAUGUGAUUGUUGCAGUGUUCAGUUUCCUUGGGAUCCUGCUCCCGUCACACCUUAAGCCCACGUCCUUUUCCUUUGGCUGGUUCAGCUCCCGGAAGAGACCAGGAAGUGUGGCAAGGGGCUGUCAGACUUAGUUGAAUUAGGCACAGCUUCCACCCAUCGCUGACAUUUGCCCAGCAGGAAAGUUGUGAAAGUUACCCUAUCAGAAGCAGAAGGAAUAUGGUUUGGUGGUUAAAGUUUAGCGGGAUAGAGGGACCUGUCUUGGUGGGCCCGCCUUUGACCCUUAGGCUAGGUCUUGGGGCAGUGCCUCGCCCUCCUGCACAUCACCUCCAUUUCCCCGUCCUUGGCGAGAUAAGUCAACGUGGAAAGCACUUGGGAGAUUUGGAUGAUCAGAGAAAAGUGACUUUUAGAAAACCACUUCUAUACUGAAGAGAGAGAGAGAGAGAGAUAUAUAUGUGUGUGUGUGUGUGCGCUACAUAUAUAUUUUUAAGAAAGGACCAUCUCUUUAGGAUAUAUUUUUUAUUCUGUGGAACACACAAAAAAACCAAAAUGGUUUGAUUCACUUAACUUCAAAGCUGCAUCUGACAGUUACACCCGGAUGGCUUUAAUCCCCUCUAGGGUCUGGUUGCCUUUUGCAGUUUGGGUUGUGGACUCGGCUCCCCAGAAGGGUCUGGGUAGGAGAGAGCCAUACGUAGGGACAGAGUUUUAUCCCCUGCUGCCCUUUCCUGCCCUCCCCUGGGUCCUUGUCAAGUCCUUAUUCCUUUCCUGUGAGCUCUCCACCUCCGGGGGGGGGGGUGGUUGGGAGCUAUUCUUAGGUAUGCCUCACUAUUGGCAGGAAAGACCCCAUGUAAAACCCAGAGAGCACUGCGGGGAACACUCCAGGUGGCUCUGUGUCCGUUUUCCUCUGUGCCAAAGACAGACAGACAGACAGACAGGGGCUGAGAGAGGCCGUUUCUGAAUCCAAGCAGUAGCCAUCUUUCGACGUAUACUUGGGCCCUCUGAGAGGGGCUCCUGGAAACAGUGCGAGCUAAAGACGCGUCCCUUCCCUUCUGAGGCUCCUGGGGGACGUGGGGGCGGUGCUUAACUUGCCAAGGGGUAGGGAGCUGAGAAAGGGGUCCAUUGGCUCCUGGUUGCACUUUGGGGAAGGAGGGGAAGUUUGGGGCUCCUCCACGUGGGACUGCUCUCUGUCCCCUGCCCCCACUGCAGAGAUAGCAUGGCGAGUUCCCUUCAGGCCUGGCAGACUGGCAGCGAGGAGGGGCCUCAGUUAGCUCUCAAGGGUGCCUUCCCCUCCUCCCACCCCAGACAUAACCCUCUGCCAAACUGGGAACCAGCAGUGCUAUGUAACUACCUCACAGAGCCCCAGAGGGACCCCCCAGGCUUCCAGUUCACUCCGAAGCCGAAGCCGGCACCUCUAGUCCUCUAGUGUUUUACGGGGAGAUCCUAGUGGCUUUGACAUUCAAACCGCGCCACUGUUUUUUGCCUGUUUGUGGCAAACUGGUGGAAGGAAGACAGCACAGCCUGACCACAGUAAUUGCAGGAAGAUGGGAGACCUCCAUGCCAGGGGACAUAAAGCCAUUUCCCUUCCAAACGCUCGAUGACGUAGAUGCAGAAACGUCUCUCUGGUACCCAGACUUCGAGUAACGCCAGCUGAAAGCUUCGGUUUCUUUGGAUACGUAAGGCUUCUCUGUCGGGGUACAGGGCAGGGAGGAGGCCUCGUGACCGAAGGUGAAGGUAGAGGGCGAGGGCCAGAUCCCAACCUUGACCCUUGGGCCCGUGCACCUCCUUGGGGCACAGCCCGAUGUGGGCACCGUUUGCAUGGUGUCUUAGCGUGGUUGAAUCCGGACUGACGAGACAUGGAAGAAGUUUUUGUUCUCUUAAACAGCAGGAAGCUCCUCGGGAGCGUGUGUUUUCGAGUUACCACAGGUGAUGGAUGCUACGAGUAGAAAUGGAUUAACUACCUCAAUCCUUACAAUAAGAUUGGAACCGAGGGCAGGGACUCGUGCAUAAGGGUAUGAAUCCUAGCCAGGAGAAGUGAGUUGAGGCUUGUGCCACAGAAAAGGUUUGUUCUUGAGGAACAGGCAGGCCUGCCAGGACUCCCCCCACCCCCGUCCAGGGGGCUGGGCGGUCUGGCAGUUAGGUCCCCCCCCCUUCCGCCUUCCUUGCCCGGGGGUCCAGCGUGUCACCCCUUUCCCUCCGGCUUGACCUCCGCUCACUUGCCCUAGCCUAUCUCGUUGGACCAGAGAGGCUGGCUGGAGGUGAAAUCCGGGGCUUCGGCCUGGAACCCAUCACUCAGCCCUAGCGUCAGGAAGCCUGGGGAAGCCAGAGCUAAGACCUCUUCAACUGGGGUUUCUUUGAGAUGCUCCGCCUCCGCUGUGUCCUCAGUCUUCACAGGGGGGGCGGGGGGGGGAGGGGGGGGAGGACAGUUGGCUCUAGAAGAGGUGGUGCGGGAUCCUUUGUCCUGAGAGAGUCCAAGGCCCCCGGUCCUCUGGUCGCUCAGGCGUCUUUGUAGUCGGGGAGUCCACUGGGCGAUCCCAGCCCCUCCCCACCCUUUAAUGGACCUCCUCAUAGAAGCCCCAUUUCACUUUUGUUUUAUCUACCUCUUAGCAAGACAAUAGAGAGAAAUUAGGUAGUGGCAACUCCACUUGCUUAGGUUAGGGGGGGAAAAAGAUUUCUUUUUCCAAAGGAAAAAAAAAAUAUUACCUUAAAAAUACUUUCCAAAAAAUUUAAAAAACCAAAAAAAAAAAAAAAAAAAAAAGAGGGAGACAUUUUCCAGUGACCACUGGAUUGUUUUAAUUCCCCAGACUUUUCUCUUUUUUUCCCCCGUAAAUAAGUUUCACUCUUUGGCGAGUUUCUCCACUUGUUUAAGAUAAUGUGCUGUCCUAACUGGGACGGCGAUCACAGUCUGCCCCCCCCCCCCCCCCGGCUUGUCCCACCCCUACACCCUCUUCCCACCAGUGAGUCUUACCUGCGCUCCUCCCCCUGACACCCUCCCGGCCAGGUGACUUCCGUCCCCCCAGCAAGAAUAAAGACUGUGUGUGUGUGUUGGGGUGCUUAAGUCUUGACUCACCCUUUUCCCCCUGUGGGGGUUGGGAGGCCACUUGUAACACUUCCGUGUACAUUUUAUGUAACCCACUGCAAUGUAAAGGUGUUCAAAAUGAAUUUCAGCAGAUGAUGAGUUAGCCUAAUGAAUAAACAUCCUCUGUCGCCACUUGGAUGCUCCCCUUUUCUCCAGCAUCUUCCUCCUGGUCCCGGGAACCAGAAUAAGUCAGAGGAGCCCCCUCCCCAAUGCAAAGCGAAUUCGCAUCCAGUCCUGAGACCCCUCUUAACUCAGGAGAGUGGAAAGUGUGUUUAUCUGGAAUGCGGAUCCUGGUGGCGGCCGGAAGGGGCUUCUGCAUGUGACUGUGCUAUCCCAUUCUGUAAUUCGCGGCCACUUUGAAAAUUGUACCUGGCUGGAAGUCUGCCAGCCAUCGCCACGGUAUUUCGAUUGUACCCUUUCUCCCACCCUUUAAUCUGUACUUUGCUUUGUCGGGGGAGGUGGGGCAGCUGACUCAGACUUUGCGAAUUUGUUCUUUUGCUGGAUGGGCGCUCCAGCUUUUCCCAUGAAGGUUGUUUAAGCUACAGACCACUUCAUUCUGCUGUUUUCAAUUUCAAAAAUAAAAAGGAAACUUCUAUCGAAA